ACGGUAAGCACACAUUCCUGUUGCAGCCAGCAAAGCCUAAGGAUUACCACAGCCGCCACAACCAAGUGAAGCUUACAUACAAGAGUGAAACAAACAACAACAAAUCCAACAACAAACAUAUAGUGCAUAUUACUGUGUGUUAGUGAAGUGUGAAGUGGUGUAUAUUUUAAAGAAUUUUUCAACAACAACAAAAAUUUGCAACAAAAUGCAUACCAAAGUGAUCUUAUUCGCAACGAUUGUGGCCGGCGUUGCGCUCAGCACCGCCUUACCGGUCGGUGACAACGAAAAUGGCAAGUAUCAGAAUUCGGUAGAUAAUAAAAACGAUGGCAAAUAUCAUCCAAGCAAUGAUGGCAAAUAUCGUCCAAGUUCUCGCGGCGAAGGCGCAAGAGGCGGUUACUAUGAUGCUCAGGGACGUUACAUACACAGUUCGCAGCCAUAUCGUCACGUGCACGAUAACCGAGAACUUGGCAAAUACACGCACAUCCCCUACCCCUACGAUGGUGGUUAUGGGCCAUACAACGGAACCAACAUUCCGUAUAUGCAUGUCGAUGUGCCCUAUGACCACAAUCUUUACACAUCCACAACAACAACAACGAAGAAACCCACAACAACCACCACCACCACAACAACGACUACCACUACCACAACACCACGCACGGUGCUGUUUAACUACGAUGAGGAGGGCAAAUACAAGGUGGUGCAUCAGGAGGAUGCGCGCAAAGAGGACAAAUACGAUCACUCUUACUUGACUGAGAACGGCAUCUACGGUGAAGAGCAAGCGAAAUUGCACAAGAACGGCGGCACCGACGCCAAGGGCUUCUACGAGUACACCGGCGAUGAUGGCAAACUCUACCGCGUGCACUACGAGAGCAACCACAACGGCUUCGUGCCCAAGGGCGAUCACAUUCCCACACCACCACCAAUCCCAGAGGCCAUCGCACGCGCACUCAAAUACGUUGACGAUUUGCGCAAAUCUCGCGGCGAAACACCCAUGUUCGAUCAACGCGGUUUCCGCAUCGACCAAAUGGCAUCCAAGGCUUUCAUGGCCAAAAUCAAGUCGAUCCACUUGGAGGAAAUGCCCAAAGAGAUCAGCGAACAAAUCAUCGAAUUGCAACAUGAAGUCGAAGAGUACCAACAAAUGAUACAGGCAUACGAGCAGGAGCAACCACGUGAGCAAUAUGUCGAAGAGUAUCAGCAGCCACAGCAACAGCAAGCAUAUGAGCAGCAACAACAAUAUUAUGUGCAACAACAGCAACAAUAUGAGCAGCAAUAUCAAGAGUACCAAAGCGAGCUGUACAACGAGCCGGCCACCGAGAGCAACACACAGGCGUACAACUAAGCCGAGCAGUACGCUGCAAAUAGGUGCCAUUUAAUUACAAACAAGGAAGAAUAUAGCAUUAACAAAUUGAAAAAAAAGACAAAAAAUCGAUAAAAAAAACAAAUUGAGAAUUAGACGAAUUGCAGCACAUCAGUUAAGUAACACGAACGAUUGGCUCGUUUCUAUUGUAAGAACUUGAAUAACUGUUACUGCUCGCUUAUAUUAUUCAAAUUAUGUAAUUGUGUAAAAGCAGCAGAAAAAUCGAACUAAAAUUAGCGCUAAGUUACAACGAAAUAUUCACACGUCACACACAUCAACGAACAUCAACUGCCAUUAAACAUAGGAAAAGCUUGUUGGCUCCAGGCAAAUGCUGCGCGGAGUGGACCCUCUAGCACAGCAGCGACCUUGGCGACAGCAAAGUGCCAACAAAGCCGAAUCUCAGCCACAACAACGCAUCAUACGCACACGGAAGUGAAGAAGUCGCGGAAGACGCACACCAACACGCUCAUCAACACGCAUCACACACACACAAACACACCCUUCCCCCACUGGAAAGCAACAAAAUACAAAAAACAUUCCCCACAAAACAAAAACAACAAGUAAAAAACGCAAAAAAAAAUAACAAUCACAACAACAAAUGUUAAGAAUUAAUUUCAUAUUUAACUAUUUAUAAUAAAUUUAUUAGUAAUCUCAGCAAACUGAGAAAUAAGUCAUACAAAUGUGUUAUAUGUAAUAAAAAUUUAACCAAAAACCGCAAAAAAAAAUAACUUAAAUAAAAUCGAAUUAAACCUUUAGCAAAUUGAAAACGAA